GGGCAAUAUGGCCGAAGCUUUGCCCGGCGCCCGCCCUCACCUUUGAUCGCUUUCGUCAUACCUUUACAUCGCCUCUCGGGAUCCCCCAUCGGCUCGUUGGGUCCUGCGUUAACGCGGAAAAACUCAGUUGAUAUCCUUUCCUCUCUAAGAUGCUAUCCUAAGCCCGUCUAGAGGCCUGCGCAAGCCUCACCAUCAACCCAACCUUUAUCCUUGGUCGCCCUUACGGCCGGCGACUCCAUAAUACACACUCUUUAUACUUCCGAACAGCAUCCUCGCAAUGGCUUCUCGUCGCUCGUCGCGCAUCCUUAAGCCGAUUCUUUACACCACCGCAGCUGGUCUCGUUGGCAGCGGAGUCCUCUACGCGACCUACAGACCAAGAGACAUUCCUGGGUCGGAAUCCGCGGCUGUACCUCCUCCUACCUACGGCGAAGGAGGCGUGUUUCGCCCUCCAAAGUUCCCAUUCGCCAAAUCGCGCGAAGACCAGAUUGCGGACCUGAAGCGAAGUAGUGGGACAAUCGCCGAGGGCGUAGGAAAGGCCAAGAAUGCCAUCGGACAAUGGUUUGGCGGCGGGGCAUCCACUAAGGAAGUCCCUGGGGACGAACCCUACGAUCUACUGAUAAUUGGAGGGGGUGCUACAGGAGCUGGCAUUGCGCUAGACGCUGUUACUCGAGGUCUCAAAGUUGCGCUCGUCGAGCGGGAUGACUUCAGCAGCGGGACCAGUAGCAAGAGCACGAAACUCGUUCAUGGAGGAGUCCGAUAUCUUGAGAAGGCAUUCUGGAACCUUGACUACAAUCAGUAUGCGCUUGUCGUUGAAGCACUACGCGAACGCCGAUACUUCCUCGACACAGCUCCACAUCUAUCCUCAUGGCUACCAAUAAUGAUACCGAUUGACAAGUGGUGGAAGGCUCCUUACUUCUGGGCUGGAACCAAAAUGUACGACUUUUUAGCAGGCUCGGAGAAUAUCGAAAGCUCGUAUUUCUUGACCAAAAGUAAAGCGCUUGAUGCGUUUCCAAUGUUGAAAAAGACUGGGCUGUUCGGUGCUCUGGUGUACUAUGAUGGUGCCCACAAUGAUUCGCGCAUGAAUGUGUCACUAGCCAUGACUGCUGCUCUCUAUGGUGCUACUGUCGUCAAUCACCUGGAGGUUACGGCUCUAGAGAAGGACGCGUCCGGGAAGCUCAACGGUGCCCGUGCAAAGGACUGUAUCACUGAAUUGAACGGCAAGAAACCUCGGGAAUUCACAAUCAAGGCCAAGGGAAUCAUCAAUGCUACCGGCCCAUUCACCGAUUCAAUUCGCAAGUUGGACGACCCAAGUGUUGAAGAGAUUGUAGCCCCAAGUUCUGGUGUUCAUGUCAUUCUCCCUGGUUACUACAGCCCUGCUAACAUGGGACUGAUUGAUCCCUCCACUUCGGACGGCCGUGUGAUCUUCUUCCUACCUUGGCAAGGCAAUACCAUCGCUGGUACGACUGACACACCCACGAGCAUCUCAAAAAACCCUGUGGCCAGUGAAGAUGAGAUUGAAUGGAUCUUAAAGGAAAUCCGAAGAUACCUUCAACCUGAAAUCAACGUCCGACGCGGUGACGUUCUCGCUGCGUGGUCUGGCAUCCGCCCAUUAGUACGAGACCCGAAUGCCAGCAAAACUGAGGGUCUUGUCCGCAACCAUCUAGUAACAACGUCGCCGUCUGGACUUAUCACUUGCUCCGGUGGCAAAUGGACGACGUACCGCCAGAUGGCUGAGGAUACAGUCGACGAAGCAAUCAAGGAGUUCAGCCUCCAGACUAGCGCUUUGGCAAACCCUCCUCGUGUCAGUGGCACUGAGGUUGGAGACGAGGCGCCUUUGGACGGAACCUGCCAAACCCACCGUGUUCGCUUGAUCGGCGCCCAUGGCUUCUCGAAGACUUUGUUCAUAAACCUCAUCCAACACUACGGCGUUGAGAAUGAAGUUGCUAAACACCUGACUGCUUCCUACGGAGACCGAGCUUGGACAGUCGUUGCGCUUGCUUCGCCUACAGAGCAGCGUUUCCCUGUCCGAGGAAAACGUAUCUCUACCCUGUACCCAUUCAUAGACGGCGAAGUCCGGUACUGCGUCCGACAUGAGUAUGCUCAGACAGCAACCGAUGUAAUUGCACGACGAAUGCGGCUGGCUUUCUUGAAUGCCCAGGCGGCGCUAGAGGCACUACCAACUGUUAUUGACUUGAUGGCUGCAGAGCUCCAUUGGGAUAAGGCGCGGAAAGAAAGGGAGUGGAAAGAGACAGUCACGUUCCUCGGCAGUAUGGGUCUACCAAAGGGCAAGUUGACGCUCUCGCGGAAAGAUGUGGAGAGUGGAAGGGUUGGAAAGUAUGAGGAUGAGGAGUAUCAGCUCUAUGCUCGGCAUGACAAGCCGGAUGAGACACUCGAGUCCGACGCAAAGUACCAAGGUAACCCAGUGAUGGGCACUGAGUCUGGCGCCAACAAAUAGAUAGUAGGACUUCUGAGGCUCUCUCAUAUGUCCUCUGUUCGUACGAAAUAGCCAUCGCCUUUUCUCCACCUACAAUUUAAUACUCUUUCAUUCCUCACGAUACGGUUUCUGGCCAUUUUGCUUCAUAGUAGCCCGUUCGCGCUAUGUACAUGACAAUGUAGUCUGUACAUACUGACCACGUCAUGCACUGCAAUGGACAAUUGCGUAGCUACGCUUAAACCCCAAUGUAGCUCACUGGAUCACGCGGAGACGCGGCCCUUGGUUGACACGUCAAAUAUUCCUCAUGAGACCAAUCGCUCCUACUC